AUGCCUUCUCCUCGCAACAUGCUCUUCGGCCUUGUCGCGGCCUCUCUCUCCACCACGGCAGUGGCCGAGCAUCUCCGCGCUGUCUGGUCCUCGGGUGACUUUUCAACCAUCUCUGGCCCAAGUGGCGGUAGCCAAAGCGGCCACAGCCACGGCUUCACCAUUCUCAAAGACGACGGCACUGCCAUCUACAGCCAGGGCUACCCUGGUGACCACGCUCCCUGCUACAACGUCGACGACGGCCGAGAGUUCACUCUUGGAAACGACCCAUGCUGGAAGUCAGUCCGCAAGUUCAAGUGCAAGUCCGAAUUCAGCGGCGCCCCCGGCUUCUGCGAGGUCAAGGACAAGGACGGCAACAGUCUUGGAACGGGUGAAGGAAAGACCGACACCACCUUCAUCGGCAUUGCUAUUGCCCAGGACAGUGCUUGUGUUGUUGAGUUUAACACUGAUGAUGACGAGAAUUGCCCCGCUGAUGCGGACAACAACCUCGAUGUUACGGACGGCUAG